UGUGCCGCGCUUGUCGCUAGAUACCCUAGUACUACACUGCGAGAGAGGAGGCACACGCUGUCGUUGUCACACGGUGUUGCGCUACGGAAUCGUUUUACCGUAGAAAUCAUUCGGAUUCAAAAUUCAACUCGAUUUCCUUCCAUUCCGAAGAAAAAAAAGAAACAAGAAGAAAGAAAAAUCAAGGUAAGAGAAGAGAGAAGAAGAAGAAGAAAAAGAAGAAAAAGAAACAGAAGCAGCAGCAGCAGCAGCGGCAGCGGCAGCAGCAGUGGCAGCAGCAGCACGGCCAGCAGCAGAAGCAGCAAGAGACGAAAAGGCUGAACAGGAAAAGAAAGAAGAAAUUAUCCGAGGAAAAAAAAGGGACAAGAGGUACCUACAGAGUCGUGAUAUAUAUUUUCGGACGCAAAUCAAAACGAGAAUCGACACGGUACGCGCGCGCGAGUGAGAACGCCACCCUUGCACACAGACGCGCGAACACACACACACACACGCACGCACACGCACGCAAGUGAAACACACGCAAGUGAAACACACGCGUGCGCGCGCGCGCUCACACGGAACACGCAUACGCACAGGCAUACGCAUACACACACACACACACACACUCGCGCGCACGCACGCACGCACGCACGCACGCAAGCACUCGCAUUUAGAGGCUGACCCGGGGUGUUUUGGAUUUAUAAUUUGGUGCUUGAAUAAUACGAUCGUGUGCCGGUGGAUCGCGAGGGAACCCAGUGAAAAUUUCGCCGUUGAACCAGUGCGCUUUCCCGCGAUAUCGCUGACAAUCCACCAUUUUGGCUCGGUCGCCGCUACCAGUUGUACUACGGGACGCGCUUAGCUCGCUGCAUGCUCCGCGCUACACGAUCAGCAAUAUUAGGUAUAGAGCAGAUUGAUAAACUACGACAAGGCGACGUCGACGGAGCUCGAUCGAAUUUCAUUCGAGAAUAUUUCCAACAAGGAACUCCGGCCGUCAGCGCGAAUAUCGUGUUAAGGUGGACGUAUGACGUGAUUACCGAAGUGAAAGGGAAACGAAGGGAGGGAACAAGAGUGCGAGAUAGAUAAGGAGGAGAAAGGGAUAAAGAGAGAAGCAGGAAAAGAAAGAAAGAAAGAAAGAAAGAAAGAGGGACGGAGAAAGACAAGUAAAGGAACGCGCGAGAGCGAGAAAGGUGAAAGGAGCGAAGAAGGGGCGAGUUGAAAAGGAUUUCGAAGAGAGAUACUUGAAGCUGGUAUAGUACCUGUACAACGGUGUACCUGUGCUUCCCUCUCCGCUUCCCGUUCCUCCGACAAGACGUUAUAGGACUUGGUUCAUCUCAUACAUUACAUCGCACGUACCGCGUGUGUGUCGCCGCGCCAAUUCUGUGUUUCCCUCCUAAUCGUAAGCGGCCGGCUCUGUUGGUCGUCGUCGCCAAAGAUUCCACCGCAACACAAAAGUGUCACGUGUUCCAACUGCUCCUACGCUCGAAAUUCAAAUUUCAACGGAAAAACCACUAGUUGGUGUAUGUGUAUACACGCGUGUACAUAUGAUUUCAAAAACUACCGGUAACUACCUCCUUCCUCCUGUGAUUUUGUGACCUCGUAUUAUUUGAUUGUUCAAACGAAAGACUGUACUGCACAGGGUGAAUAUUAUUAUACUAUAUUAUAGGAAGAUUGAAAUAAAGAAUCAAAGGAGUACGGGAAAACGGUGAAUAAAAGUAAAUAGCAGAUCGAAAGAUAAGACCGAGUGAUGAAAGAAAAAUUCUACGUAAUGAAGUAAAAACAACAAUAACAUAAGUAACGAAAUACAGAAGCAGCAUACUUAGUGUCUAAUUGGCUCCAAAACUGCUACGACUGCUCGAUUACUCUGCACAUCGCGUAAUAUUAAUAAUAAUAAAGAAAAACCGUAAUAACGACAUUCUUAUAUUCAUACGAAACGCUUGGUUCGCGAAUUCACUGGUUAAUUCCAAGUUAAACGUUAUAAUACAUAUACAUACUUUACUUCGGGUACCUGUAAUUAUCUACGGAAAAAAAAUCUGUGUUGUGUUUUUGUUUUCAGUUCGUUGCUAAUAAAUCCAGUGUGUGCCAGUGCAUAUUCUACCUCAAAGUUAGCGGGAGCUAACGAAAACUUGAAUCAAUUGAACGUUACUAUUACUGUACAUAUUGUUUCGUGUAAACUUAUACUAGCAAAAGAGCUAUGUCAAUGGAUAAAUUUGGAGACUCUGGAAUGCUUCAAAAGGAUAUGGAACGAUUGGAUAUCGAGGAUCGCAACGGCGAUGGCCAAAGCGCCAGCUCCGGAGGUAAGAUCGUGGUGAGCAACUUGCCAGCCCACGCAAGGUUCGAGGACAUCGAACCACUCCUGACGACCUACGGACAGGUCCAAAACGUGGAGAAACUUUCCUCGCGAGAUCCAAACACCCAGACAGUCCUGGUCAGCUAUGAGACGCAAGAACAAGCACAACAGGCUGUAAAUCAGUUGAAUGGGUACGAGUACGAAGGCAACCCGCUAAAGGUGGAGAUGUCGAGUCCGGAGAAUCGGCGGAGAGGACGCAGCCAGCGCGGGGGAGUCGCGUUUUCGGGGCUGCCUGGGUCCGGACGCCAGACCGACUUUCCUCUACGUAUUCUGGUUCAGUCCGAUAUGGUAGGUGCCAUUAUCGGUCGACAGGGCUCCACGAUACGUCAGAUAACUCAAAUGACUCGCGCCCGCGUCGACGUGCACAGGAAAGACAACGUUGGCUCCCUCGAGAAGGCCAUCACCAUAUACGGAAAUCCUGAAAACUGCACGAACGCCUGCAAGAAAAUUCUCGAGGUCAUGCAGCAGGAAGCCAACAACACGAACAAGGGUGAGAUAACCCUGAAGAUCCUUGCGCACAACAAUCUUAUCGGACGGAUUAUUGGGAAAGGGGGUAACACCAUAAAACGGAUCAUGCAGGAUACCGACUCAAAGAUAACCGUGAGCAGCAUCAACGAUAUCAACAGCUUUAAUCUGGAACGCAUCAUCACCGUCAAGGGUUCGAUUGAAAAUAUGAGCAAAGCUGAAUCCAUGAUAUCCAGCAAGCUCCGUCAGAGUUACGAGAAUGAUCUUCAGGCUAUGGCUCCCCAAAGCAUGAUGUUCCCUGGACUCCAUCCGAUGGCGAUGAUGUCGACCGCAGGUAUGGGGUACAGCUCGCGUGGUCCGGGUCUCUACGGCUCCGGACCAGCGCCGUAUCCCUACCAGGGAAGCAUGCCAGCCCAGCAGGGCGGCGUUCCGACCGGUGACACCCAGGAGACGACCUUCUUGUACAUUCCCAACAACAGCGUUGGUGCUAUCAUCGGAACGAAGGGUUCCCACAUAAGGAACAUCAUAAGAUUCUCGGGUGCUAGUGUCAAAAUUGCACCACUUGAACAGGACAAGCCGGCAGACCAACAGACUGAAAGGAAAGUAACAAUCGUUGGGUCGCCAGAAUCACAGUGGAAGGCUCAGUAUUUAAUCUUUGAGAAGAUGAGGGAAGAGGGUUUCGUGGCCGGUACGGAGGACGUCAGGCUUACCAUCGAGAUCCUUGUACCGAGUGCUCAAGUUGGUCGAAUCAUCGGAAAGGGUGGUCAAAACGUCAGGGAGCUACAACGUGUCACCGGAAGUGUCAUCAAACUCUCGGAACAGCAGGCCACGCCACCGCAGGCCGACGAGGAAACGACGGUUCACAUCAUCGGACCAUUCUUCUCUGUCCAGUCGGCACAGCGAAGAAUUCGCGCUAUGGUACUACAAUCCGGAGCACCAGGUAGCGGAACGCUGGGAAUCGGUCCUACCGGUGGGCUGCGGACUGGACGUGGCGGUAGCCAGGACGGUGGUUCACGUUCUCGACGUGAUGGUAGCGCGACGUCGCAGGGUGGCUCGUCGCAGCAGCGAUCGUCCUCCCCUGCCAGCCAGCAACAACAGCAACCAACGCAGCAACCGCAGCAACAGCAACAACAGCAGCAACAACAGCAGCAGCAGCAGCAACAACAACAACAACAACAGCAACAGCAGCAGCAACAACAACCACCACAGAAUCAGUAACGUUGAAGUAAACCACCCGAUGCCAACCAAAUGCCUCAAUUUAUGUAUCCAACAUUCUUCCCACACGGGGUGAUCUUUACCAUUUUGAAAUCCCGACAAGCAUAUGCGGAUCGACGCAUAUUGAUACAAUGUGCGUACAAUCAAUACGAACGCUUCGUAACUGCAGCCUAACCAUAAGAAUGAUAGGACUCGUAAUUCGAAGAUUCCAAGAAAUCCGCGAAAUUACCAACUCAAUUAUCCAGAUACACAUUACAUAAUAUGUAUACGGAUAACACGCAUAUAUGACGGGGACAAUGUGACACGUGUCUAUACUCACUAUUCUCUCUCUCUCUCUCUCUCUCUCUCUCUCUCUCUCUCUCUCUCUCUCUCUCUCUCUCUCUGUCCGUUCUUUUCACCUCUACACCUUUCUGUCGAACCACCUACCUUUAUACCCAUCCGGUCCCGACCCGACCUUGAAACUCGCCCUUUCUGCCAACCACUCUCCCUCGCUGUCUGCCACACUAACGGGGCGACGAAGGUGAAGAGACACGGUAGAAUACAUUUCAAACUGGUAACGCAUUCACCCCGUUGAGGAUGAUUAUGAUUAUGAUGAUGAAUGAUAAUGGAUGGAUGAUGAUGAAAAAGAUGAUGUUUAUGAUGAUGAUGAUGAAAUACACACAACCUUAUUACCUCAUUGAAAACGAUUAAAGAUGAAUAAUAUGACACAAUGAUCGGAAGCAAAACAAAAUGAAUAUCAAGUAAAAUGAAAAACGUUAAAGUAACUUUAAACUAAAAUUUAAGUAACAUUACAUUUUUAAUAACAAAAAAUACUGCAACAACAAAAAUAAUAAUAAU